AUGUUGACCGUAUUCGUCGCAGGCUAUAAACAAGUUUAUAUGUGGAUAGAUCGCAAAAAUGUUAUGGUUAUAAUCAACGUUCUUAAUGAAAAACCUUUUGCAGCAUGUGAAACACAAGAAUUAAGAAUUCAACAGAAAUUUGAGAAAAUGGUACAGAAUAGCACGUUACGAUAUUUGAUUCUCAUUAUGGCGACAAUUAUAUCAAUAGUUUUAACGUCUGUUUUUACGGAACUUUCAAAUAGAAAUUUGACAUAUAAAGCAUGGGUGCCAUUCAACUAUUCAUAUCCUGCUUUAUACUUUCUUGUUUAUACUCACCAGCUGAUAGGCAUGGCAACUUCCGGUAUAGUAAAUGUUGCUUGCGAGAGCGUCAUUUGCGGUCUUUUAUUACACAUCUGCUGCCAACUUGAAAUUUUGGAGUAUCGAUUGACAAAAAUGACGCAUGGUGAAGACGUUCUGCGUAAUUGUGUUUCUCAUCACAACCGUAUCUUUGAGUUGGUUCCUUAUGUAUUUUGA